AAAAACAGCUUGGUCGCAAUUGUGAAUGACACUCCUUUAAACCUGCGUGUUCAGAUUCAGCUCUGUAGUCAAGAACAAUCGUUUGCCCAUAGAAGUCGUUUUCUUAAAGCAAGUCGGAUCUCUGCUAUGGCCUCCUCUCUGCAGAGCUUGAUUCAUGAUGAUGGCAGAUACCAGAAGUCCUUCCACCUUUUUCUGGAGCGCUCCUCUGAACAUCAGUGUAUGCAGGACUUCAUUGACAAUAUACUGCCAGACAUACUGGCCAGCAUUGGAGACGGAAAGUCCCAUCUAAAUGUCAUUGGAGUUGGAAGUGGAGAUGGUGUGAUUGACCUGAAGAUGCUCUCCAAGCUUCAUCUGAGGCACCCAGGGGCGACAGUGGAUAACGAGGUGGUGGAGCCUAGUGGCCAGCAGCUACAUAACUACAAAGUCUUGGCAUCGCAGAAACCAGGUCUGGAUUACAUUACCUUCACUUGGAACAAGAUGACUUCCUCUGAGUUUGAGCAGCACUGGAAGGCGAAGAAGAUGACUAAGAAGGCUGACUUCAUUCACAUGAUACAGAUGCUGUACUAUGUAAAGGAUCCUGAAGCUACAGUCAGCUUCUUCCGUAGUCUCCUCAACAAGAAUGGGAAGCUUCUGAUCAUUCUAGUGUCUGGUGAAAGUGGUUGGGGAAAUCUUUGGCGGACUUACAGGAAUGAGCUCUGUAACACAGAAAUAAGCCAGUGUGUGACCACUAGAGACAUCAAAAGCUUCCUGGACUCUAAGGGAGUAAGCUACCAGAACUACAUGCUGCCAUCUCAAAUGGAUAUUACAGAGUGUUUCUCUGAGGGGGAUGAGAAGGGAGAGCUGCUGCUCGAUUUUCUGACUGAGGUGCUGGACUUUAGUAACACAGCCUCACCUGAGCUGAAAGCUGGUGUCUUGGAGUUACUUCGUCAUCCGGAGUGUAGUGUAGAGUCCAAUGGCAAGGUUAUUUUCAACAACAACCUGGAGGUGAUAGUCAUAAAUUAGCUUACUUAAAAACAGGUUAUUGGUAUUCUGAGGUUGAUUUUUUUCAGGGGAAUAGGACAUUUCUGUUGAAUUAGUUUCAGACUAAACAAUGAAAUCAAAGUGUAUAUUUUGUGUAAAUGACUGUACAUAAUCACCAAACUUUAGCUGGGCAAAUGUGUGUUUUCUUACUUGAUCACUAAACCACUCCCACAUAACCUGUUCCUGGUGAGUCUGUUUUUAUUAUUUUAAGUUGUCUAAGUAUGAGCUAAUGUGGUGAUUGUCUUUUUCUCACCACAUUUUGUGUAAUUGUCAUAAGGUACAUUUCCAUUCUUCAUGUUAGGAUCAAAUCUUCAAUCAGCAUUUGACAUCAGCUUCAGAUGCUAUUAGCAUGUAGUUUCAUGGUCUACAGCUGCAAACUGUGCGAUCAGACACAUUUCAUUGUUGCUCCCAGUGGAUCAAAUUACAUUGAAAAUAUAAAAAUAAAUGGAAGCUUGAACAUAUAAUAUUUUUUAAAGCAAAGCACUGUUAAAUAAGUUCAAAACACCCAUGGGAGUGUAUGGGUUUUGUGCCUUUGAUUUUGAAUCUUAGAUGGUGUUAUUUCUGCAGAAAAGAUGAACAACCCUAAGAAUUUUUGGCUAGAUAUAUUCAAAUCAAGGAGCUUUUAAUGCUGGCAUUUGAUUAAGACCAAAAACUUUUAUAAUUAUGUUAUUUAGUCCCCUUUCCAUGUCAAUCAUUUUAGACUUCUAGCCUUGUUUAUAUCGGUCUCUAAAGAUGAAAUAAGAAAUAGGUUGGCAAAAUGUUGUGAUCAUUUAAACCAUAGUCAGUCAGUCAUUGACAAUGAAGUCAGUCAUUGUAGAUAACCUGAGAAUAGAAUUCAUGUUAUUCAAACAAGUUGUAUUAGACAAUUGAUGAGGGGGUUCUUGUGUGGCUUAGACAUGAAAUGAAAAACAACACUAACCUGACGAAUACAGGCUGGCCUACUGAUAAGUCUGCACAACUUAAUGUUCCAAUAUGAAAAUAAAAAACUCUGGGAAUUAAUUCUCUAAAGCUUUACAAGCUGUACCAGUAGUAUGUACUUACUGGGCUCACUCUAUGUCAACAGUUAAAAUCAUUUCCAUUGAUGUAUGGGGCAUUGGCACCACCUUGAGGGGAAGUUCAGCAAGUGCCUCUGAAAUUAAAGACUGGGCCGAUCCCACAGUUUAGAAAAAAUAGAAAUUCUAAAAAAUUGCUGACUCUCUGAGACUAAAUACCCCAGUGUAAAAACUGGGGGAAAAAGAAACUAAACAUAUUGAAGGCUACAACUAAAAAACCCUCUACAAACAAGUUUUUUUUAAUCUUUGACAUGGCUGGACUCUGGAUUUAAUUGUAAAUCAUUGAACUAUGUUUGCAACCUUUGUAUGUUUUUCUUUUGAAUCUGUAUUUACCAAGCAAAGCUUUGCUGAUUUGGGGGGAAGAUUGUAACAUAAUAAAACUGUGGAAUACACAA